AUGUUUAUUCCGUCAGUCAAUUUCUGGAACCUGGCGUUUUAUGCCCUUAUGGUCUUCAUGGCGACCCUGGGGCUGUGGGACGUCUUCUUCGGCUUCGAGGAGAACAAGUGCAGUAUGAGCUAUAUGUUUGAGUACCCGGAGUAUCAGAAAAUAGAACUUCCAAGGAAACUGGCAAAACGCUAUCCUGCAUAUGAAUUAUAUCUUUAUGGAGAAGGAUCCUAUGCUGAAGAACACAAAAUUCUCCCUUUGACGGGUAUUCCAGUUCUCUUUCUUCCUGGUAAUGCUGGAAGUUACAAGCAAGUUCGUUCUGUUGGCUCUAUUGCACUUAGAAAAGCAGAAGACAUUGACUUCAAAUACCACUUUGACUUCUUUAGUGUGAAUUUCAAUGAAGAACUGGUGGCACUAUAUGGUGGAAGUCUUCAGAAACAGACCAAGUUUGUACAUGAAUGCAUUAAAACAAUUCUCAAACUCUAUAAGGGUCAAGAAUUUGCUCCAAAAAGUGUGGCAAUAAUUGGUCAUUCUAUGGGGGGCCUUGUUGCAAGAGCACUGCUUACAUUGAAAAAUUUUAAACAAGAUCUGAUAAAUCUUCUUAUUACACAAGCUACACCUCAUGUUGCUCCUGUGAUGCCAUUAGAUCGUUUCAUAACAGAUUUUUAUAUGACUGUAAACAACUAUUGGAUUCUAAAUGCUAGACACAUAAAUUUCACCACACUUUCCGUAGCUGGAGGAUUUCGGGAUUACCAAGUUCGUUCAGGACUGACUUUUCUACCAAAAUUAAGCCAUCAUACCAGUGCCUUAUCUGUUGUGAGUUCAGCAGUGCCUAAGACCUGGGUCUCAACAGACCACCUCUCCAUUGUGUGGUGUAAACAAUUGCAACUGACUACAAUUCGAGCAUUCUUUGAUCUUAUUGAUGCUGAUACUAAACAAAUAACUCAAAAUCCCAAGAAGAAAUUGUCAGUUUUGAAUCACCACUUUAUAAGACACCCAGCAAAACACUUUGAAGAAAAUCCAGCAAUAAUUUCUGACUUAACAGUGACAUCUAUGUGGGUUCCAGUAAAAGUGUCCAAAUGGACCUAUGUGGCUUACAAUGAAUCUGAUAAGAUAUAUUUUACAUUUCCUCUUGAAAAUCAUAGAAAAAUCUACACUCAUGUAUAUUGUCAGAGCACCAUGCUGGAUACAAAUAGUUGGAUAUUUGGCUGUAUAAACAGCACUUCUAUGUGCCGGCAAGGGAUUGAUUUAUCAUGGAAAGCUGAACUGCUGCCAACAAUUAAGUCUCUGACAUUAAGACUUCAAGACUAUCCUUCUUUAUCUCAUCUUGUUGUUUAUGUACCAUCUAUUCAUGGAAGUAAGUUUGUUGUAGAUUGUGAAUUCUUUAAAAAGGAGACAAGAUCCAUUCAGCUUCCUGUAACUCAUCUUUUUUCCUUUGGACUCUCUUCAAGGAAAGUGUUAUUAAAUACAAGUGGCCUGUUUUAUAAUAUAGAACUUCUAAACUUUGGACAGAUAUACCAAGCUUUUAAAAUCAACAUAGUAAGCAAGUGCUCGGGAGUCAAAGAAGAAAUAACUAGUAUCUAUAAACUUCAUAUUCCUUGGUCUUAUGAAGAUUCUCUAACUAUUGCACAGGUACCAUCUUCCACAGAAAUUUCUCUGAAACUCCAUAUUGCUCAACCAGAAAAUGACAGUCAUGUAGCAUUAUUAAAAAUGUACACAUCUUCAGACUGUCAGUAUGAAGUGACAGUUAAGACUUCCUUUUCACAAAUACUUGGACAGAUAGUUAGAUUUCAUGGUGGAGCUCUUCCUGCUUAUGUUAUAUCUAGUAUCCUUCUUGCUUAUGGAGGACAGUUACACUCUCUUUUCUCAACAGGUCACUGCUUAGAAUAUGCAACUAUGUUAGAUAAAGAAGCCAAGCCAUAUAAAGUCGAUCCUUUUGUACUUAUGAUUAAGUUCCUGUUGGGGUAUAAAUGGUUUAAGGAAUUAUGGGAUUUGUUAUUGUUGCCAGAAUUAGAUGCCAUCGUUUUAACUAGUCAGAGUAUGUGUUUUCCCCUGGUAUCCUUGAUUCUCUUUUUGUUUGGAACAUGUACUGCCUACUGGGGUGGUCUGCUUUCUUCUACAUCUGUGAGACUCCUUUCUUCAUUAUGGCUAGUUUUCAAAAGGCCCCCUGAACUUCCUAAAGAUAUCAAGAUGGUAUCACCAGACUUGCCCUUUUUGACAAUUAUUUUGAUCAUAGUUAGUUGGACAACUUGUGGAGCAUUUGCCAUACUUCUUACUUAUCUUUAUUAUGUGUUUAAGAUUGUUCAUCUGCAAGCCAGCCUAACAACUUUUAAAAAUGGCCAGGCGGUGAAUCUCAAGCACUCUAGGAGAAAUGAAAAAAAAUCAAAUCACCAUAAAGACUCUUCGGUACAUUAUCUUCAUUUAUCUGCCAAUGAUGCUGAAGAUAGUCUUCGCAUGCACAAUACUGUGAUUAACUUAUUAACAUGGAUUGUAUUACUCAGCAUGCCAUCUUUAAUUUACUGGUUAAAGAAUCUCAGGUAUUACUUUAAACUUAGUCCUGAUCCAUGUAAACCUUUGGCAUUUAUCCUUAUUCCAACUAUGGCAAUUCUUGGAAAUACUCACACUAUUUCAAUAAAAUCCAGUAAAUUGUUGAAGACUACUUCACAAUUUCCACUUCCUCUGGCUGUUGGUGUAAUUGCUUUUGGGUCAGCACACUUAUACAGGGUUCCAUGCUUUGUUUUCAUUCCUCUUUUACUCCAUGCGUUAUGCAACUUUAUGUAAGACUUGAUUUAAGGAAUGAUAAAAAUAAUUUAUAUCUGUAGGGUCAGUAAUGAGAGGGAAUGCACACAUCCAUCAAUGUGGACAGCAGGAUCCUUUGGAAAAGACAAGUCUAUUUUUUACAAUAUUGAAAAUAGGAAUUUAGUUUUAUAAUGCUUGAGAAAAAUAGAUGAAGCAUGGUUUAGUUUUGUGGUAUAGCAUCUAUGUACUAGUCAUUUUUGAAAAAUUAGUAAAAGGUUAUGGUGACCGCUGUUUUUGAGGACUUCUCUGUGUAUCAGCUAUUCUGCUUGAUUGGCCAUACGAGGGACCUUCUAAACACUCAGUAAAUGUAGCAUUGCUUGUUAUCUCAACUCAAGCGUUCUGCUCAUUUCACCAAACUUCUGAACUCAAGCAUUCUGCUCAUUUCAUCAAACUUCUGAAAAGUGGAUUACUUUGUAUUUGCUACAGUAUGCAUAUUGAGAAAUCAGUCUUAAAAGGUCAAUGAAAUUCACAACUGUUUGUUUUCUCAAAAAUGAAAUCACCACAGAAAAUCUUUGGUCAGUUUUUGGCAGCCACAGUGAUCAAGGCGUAUCUUUUGUUCUUACAUCUGUGAAAAUACAACCUUUAAUUUUAAGGAGACAUGUUUUCUUGGUAACCAAUACAAAAUUGAUGAACAUAAUUUAAACUCAAAACUUAAUGAAAUUUUCUUGCUAUUUUUCAAAUGCAGAUCUUACUUGGAUUCUUGAUAAACAUCAGGAGACUAUUAAAGAAAUCUGGUUGUUAAAUUGAAAGAGAAUUCUCCCAGAUAUUUACUUACUGGCAUUGGACCAGUACAGUUGUCCAGUAUAUGUCAUUUUACUUAAUUUGUUGAUCCCAUGGUUGCCAAAAGUGCCUCAGAUCAUGGUGGAUUGUUAACAUAACUAAAUUCCAGUGGUCAGCAAAAACUCUAGGUUUGCACAAGUUUUGUCUACUGUAGAAAAAAAGCACGAUCAACUGCUGUACCACAUUUGAUAAAUAAAAUUAUGCUAUUAAUGGAAUAGCCACUUUUCCAUCUAUUUAUUUAAGUAUAAGCAAUAUGCUUAAAUAAAUUGGA